UUUAGGCGAAGCGCACGCUUCUAACCACCACAACUCAUUCCGCGCACACUUCACAGCUUCUAAAUGGUCAACAAUCAUGCUGGACUACUACUAAAUGAAAUUCUCUGAAUGCAUUAAUUGAAAGCCCAACAAAGGUAAAGAGACGGCAGCGCACUCAACGAAUCAAAAACCGAGCUGAGUAGUAACCACUAAAAGCAAACCAAAGACAGACGGAAUACUUACAUAUGAGCAACGAUGUGUGUGUGGUUGUUGACAGUAUUCAAGGCAAAAGGUACCGCACAUAAAUCAUCGCUGCUGCUACCAUUGUUGGCGCUACUGCUGGUCGUGCUGCCGCUGCCACCAGCCGCCAAAGCCACAAGCGGCUUACGCGUGCCCACUUUCAUGCAGGAGCCGCCGCCACGUCUGCUUUUCAGCAAUGACACCGGCACACAGAUCAGCUGUAUGGCGCACGGUAAUCCGCCGCCGGUGGUUUCGUGGGUGCUCAAGGACGGCACGAUGGCGACGCAAGUGCCGGGACUCAGGAAAAUUACUGGCAACGGCACAUUGUAUUUCCCACCGUUUUUGGCGCAAUACUAUCGCACAGAUGUGCACGAGGCAACGUAUCGCUGUCGAGCGGCCAACGAAGCUGGCACUGUGCUGAGCCGGAAUGUACAGGUGCAAGCUGUUGUGCGCCGGCAGUUUCAUGUGCACGUGGAAAACACUGAAGUCUAUUUGGGAAAUUCAGCGUUGAUUAAGUGCGCCAUUCCGGACUAUGUGCGGCCAUAUGUUAAGGUGACCAGCUGGCAUCGCGGCGAGGAGAUAUUGCUACCUGAUUUAUCUGAUGUUGCUGGACGCUAUGUGGUGCUUUCCUCCUAUGGCGAUCUCUAUAUACGCUCUGUGCGCACCGAAGACAGCUUGGUUAAGUUCUCCUGCCUGGUUACUAAUACACUGAAUGGCGAGAAGCAGCGCAGUGAUGCUAUAAUGUUGCAGGUGAAAGAGCUAAGCAAAAAUCUUGCGCCGCGCACCACCCAGAAGCCGGUCAUGGAAAUACAUGUGGAACGUGGCAAUGAUGUCCAUUUGCAAUGCAACAUCCAGGGGAAUCCUUUUCCCAUAUUUACGUGGUACCGCGUCUCGGAUUCAUCAGCAUUAUAUCCGAUUCCAUCUUCACAGCGUGUGAUAUUGUCACGCACGCUGUUGCUCAUCAAAAAUGCUGACGAACGUGAUGCUGGCAAAUGGGUCUGCCAAGCAGCGAAUCAAUUCGGCGAGCAGCGCAUAGAAAUCCGCCUGCUUGUGAAUUCGUAUGUGUCGGUGCAUAUUUUGCCGCAAGUACAAAUUGUCAAUUCGGGUGGAAUGGCAAUUUUCAAUUGUUCGACGACGGGUUCAGCGAUCGACGGCAUCGAGUGGCUGCAUAAUGGCAUGCCACUGCAGGGGAACAGUGCGCUUAGCAGCGGUCGCGAGAACAUUCGCUUCCUCACGAAGACGUCGUUGGUGGUGCAAAAUGUGGGACGACGGGAUCGCGGUGUCUAUCAGUGCUUGGUGGAGAAUAGCAGAGCUAGUGCGCAGGCUAUGGCCGAAUUGAAAUUGGGCGACACUGUGCCCGAAUUGAUUUACACCUUUAUUGAGCAAAAUGUGCGGCCGGGCCCAUUAAUAUCGCUUAAGUGCUCGGCCAGUGGUUCGCCACCACCGCAAUUCACCUGGUUUUUGGACUCUCAGCCGAUAAUGGAUGUUUCGCUGCACCAUCGCUUCGCCAUCGGCCAGUUUGUCGAUAUGUCUGGCGACGUGAUCAGUCACUUGAAUAUUUCGCAUGCCCGUCCAGACGAUGGCGGCCUCUAUAAGUGCAUUGCCACCAACUCGAUGGGCAGUGUAGUGCAUUCGGCGCGGUUGAAUGUUUAUGGUCCGCCAUACGUACGCGCCAUUGGCCCCAUAAAAGCUGUCGCCGGCGAAGACAUAAUUGUACAUUGUCCAUUUUCCGGUUAUCCAAUCGAACAAAUUAGAUGGGAGAAAGGACGUCAGGAAUUGACAUCAAAUUCGCAUUACUCGUUGCCACCAGUACUGCAGGGCGGCUAUCUUGUCAUCAAGAAUGUCGAACCGACCCGGGAUCAAGGCAUGUACACGUGCAUUGUGCGGAGUCGGGCUGGCGAAGAGGCUCGUCGUGAUAUGCAGUUGAAUGUGAAUAGUCCACCUGUCAUUGAGCCAUUCAAGUUUCCAAAGAAUCUGCAAGAGGGUGGACGCGCUCAAAUAACUUGUGCUGUUUCAUCUGGUGAUAUGCCAAUCUAUUUUAGCUGGAAGAAGGACGACAUGUCUAUACCAACAAGUUUACAGAUUACCGAGAAAAAGGAGGAAUUCUAUUCGCUUUUGGUGUUCAAGGAUAUCAGCGCAAAGCACAGCGGUAAAUAUACCUGCUAUGCGAGCAAUGCAGCUGCCAAGGUGAACUACACCGCCGAAUUGCAAGUGCGAGUUGCGCCACGUUGGGCGCUAGAGCCAAUGGACACGGCCAUCAUGCUUGGCAAUACAAUAUCGAUAAAUUGCGAGGCGGAAGGAUAUCCGAUUCCAACGAUUACCUGGUUCAAAGGACAGGGCAAAAUGUCGCAGGACUUUAAGCCGCUCAGCAUGCGCAACAACUCGCUGGUACUAAAUCUCGCCACAGACAUUGAUGAGGGCUACUACAUGUGUCAGGCCACAAAUGACAUUGGCGCCGGUCUGAAGAAAAUCAUACGCAUCAAUGUGAAUGAACCCGCUCGCUUCGAGCAAGCCGCCCGCAAUGUCUCAUCGCGCCGCAACGAUCCCGUUAGUCUCGAGUGUCAAGCUAAAGGUGACGAACCCAUCGCCAUCUCGUGGACACACAACAACGGCCGCAUUGACCUGAAUAAUUUCCGUUUUAGCAUUGCGGAAAUGAAAACGGAAAAGGGUGUCGACUCCCAACUGACCAUCGCCCGCUCGGAUCGUCACGAUUCGGGCAUUUAUCGUUGCAUUGCGGAGAAUCCAUACGGACGCGCCGAACUCGUCAUUUUCCUGGCGGUACAAGAGCGCCCCGACACACCGUCCACUCUGGAGGUGUUCGAGGUGGGCUCGCGCACCGUCAAGUUGUCGUGGCGGCGCCCAUUUGACGGCAAUUCGCCAGUGCUUAGUUAUUUGGUGCAAUAUCAACCGUUGAAGUAUAUGCAAUCACAUACCGCGCUUGGCAUGUCCGGUGGCAAUUGGAGUGGUUCGAACAUCAUAAAUGUAACUCUGCCAUCGACGAGUAUUAGCCGUAGCUAUGACAGCGAUUUGCGGGAAAGUGCUAUUGUUGCUGGCUUGACGCCGGCAACCACUUUCCUCAUUCGCAUGCAAGCAAUCAACGAAAUCGAGCGCAGUCCAUUCACCGAUCCGAUUGUGCUAAAAACGCAAGAAGAGGCACCGACUGAAGCGCCCUCGAAUGUGCAAGUGCAGACUGGUGGCGAGAGCGAACUGAUUGUGACAUGGCAGAUACCGUCACGUGAAUCUUGGAACGGUGAACUUAUUGGGUACACCGUUAACUGCAGCGAGGAAAAACAGAACAUCAACUACAUUAGCGUUGUCAAUAAUUCACUCAAGUCUGUGAUUGUAAGUGGUUGGGCGACCACAAAGGCAACUAUUCGCGGUUUGCGCAAAUAUACCAGGUACGCGGUGACGGUGCGGGCGCUUAACAGCUUCGGUUCGGGACCAUGGAGUGCAGCCAUCUUUGGGACAACCGCUGAGGGUGUGCCUGAAGCACCACCGCAACAUGUCAACUGUACUGCAUUGUCGUCACAGAGUCUGAAGAUAUCCUGGCUGGAGCCACCAUUGCAAUUUCAUGGUGGCAUAAUUCAGGGCUAUAAAAUUUUAUAUCGCCCAAUUGUGAAUCAAAUUGACUUCCCCGCCAAACUGGAAGUGAAGCGUACAUCUAAUCUGGAAACCUACUUGCACACUUUGCACAAGGCAACUAAUUACUCGCUACGCGUUUUGGCCUACACAGCGACUGGUGAUGGUGCAGCCAGUCAACCGUUAUAUUGUCAAACUGAGGAUGAUGUCCCGGAUGCGCCAGCAUCCAUUAAGGCGGCUGCUUUAACGGCAGAUUCGAUAUUGAUUUCAUGGUUGCCACCGAAAAAUCGCAAUGGCAUCAUUUCCCAUUACACGGUUUAUUCACGUGAGGCUGGACGUAAAGGACAAGCGAAAUCUCAUAUGGUGCGCGUCGAUGAGAAUGGCUAUCCAGUGACGUAUGAGGCACGCGGCCUUGCAGAAAACCAAAUGUACGAAUUCUGGGUUUCCGCUUCGACCUCGGUCGGCGAGGGAGAGCCGACGUCUGUGGUUGCGCAGGCCACAAAUACGCGUGCUCCUGCACGUAUCGCUUCAUUUGGCCAAUUGGUGCGCAAAGCAGUUGGCACUGGAUUGAUUUUAGAAUGUUUAGCCGUGGGGAAUCCGACACCGCGCGCCAGGUGGUUGACAAGGGAUCGACCUGUUACCUUUAGUCCCUUUUAUGAAGUUACCAAUGAGGGCAAUUUAAAAAUACACCGCGUGGAGGGCAGUCUGUCCGGAAAUUACACUUGCACAGCGAAUAAUCUGUUCGGAAGCGAUGAGAUUCAAUAUCAAGUGAUUGCCAUGAAGCCACCCGCCGCCCCACAAAUAAUCGUACAAUAUGCAUCUGCCGAUAGCAUACGUGUCAGCUGGGAUCCGCCGGACGAUGGUGGUGCCCCAUUACAGGGCUACACCAUCUCAUAUCGCAUCACAGGCGAAACAUGGGCACAGACCGAACUAAUGCCGGAGAAUAACGCUUACACGCUAACUGGCUUGAAGUGUGGCAAUCAGUAUAUCAUCAAGAUGUCGGCGCAUAAUAUUGUUGGUGACGGGGUGUCCAGUGAGGAAAUUAACGUCUGGACCAAGGGCAAAGCCUCACAGGCACCGAAUGGCAACGAGCUGAUCGCCACCAAUACGUCCUGCGUAAAUUUGAAAUUGUCAAUAUGGAACAAUGGAGGCUGCCCCAUUCAUCAUUUCUCCAUUGAACAUCGUCCGUUGGGGGACAUCCGUUGGACGGUCGUCACAUCCGACAUCUCGAAUGCCGAAGAAAAUCGUGAAAAUUUAAUAUUUUGCGAUUUCCUGCCAGCCAAGUGGUAUCAGCUGCGCGUUUCGGCCACAAACGAUGCUGGCAAAACCACCGAGCACUAUCACUUUGCCACCACCAACCUGGAUGGAGUGACAAUACCACCGCCUCAGGUUUUCCCAUCGGAAAAUGAUUUGAUGAACAAUCUGAUAAAUGCAACGAAUCCUACCAACGGUGAUUGGUUUUCAACAUUAAUCGUCAUCGUAAUCAUCACCGUUGCCAUCAUUACCAUCGCUUUAACAAUUAAACAUCGUCGUACGCUGUGUGGUCCCAUAGCCGAGGGCUAUGAGUCGCGUACACUGCCCGGUGAAUACAAAGAAGACCACGACAAUCGACGCAAUCAGCAAGUGUACAGCGCCUCGCCAGUGAAAACUGUGGAUAAAGGAAACGAGUCAGAAAUGUAUGAGAUUUCGCCUUAUGCCACAUUUAGCGUGAACGGUGGCCGCACUGGCGCUGGUGCUGGCUCGUCCUCGAAGGCACCCUUACGAGGAGGCGUCUCCGCCUCACCAAUGGAUUAUACCAUGCAAUUCAAGACAUUCGGGCAUCCGGAGGGCGACAAUCUCAAUGCAACAGCUUAUCCUUUGCUGCCGGCAAGCUCUGGAUUCGGGCAUGUCAAGUCGAAAUCCAGCUGGCAUAAGCAACGCUACUACAACACAGAUGAUGAAUCGACGCUCAGCAAAUCGAUGACUAUGGUGGCCGGAGCACAAUCGGGGCAUUCCAAGAAGAGCGCACGCAAUGAUGGUAGCCGCGGCAGCAAGAGUACCAGCAGCAGCAGUGGUGGUGGUGGCGGUAGCGGCAGUGGAGUUGUGGGCGGGACUGGUGGUGUGGUCGUGGCUGGGACACAUUGUGAAUCCGAGUCGGACACGAGCAUAAGUCCCAGCACUGAGUUCUCCAAUAUGCCAACGUACAGAGUUCCUUGUAAGUCGACGCGCAGCAGCGAUGAGCGCGCAGCUGCAGAUAUGUUUCGACCUGACUCGAGCACAGAGUCCAACAAUGAGCAGGGCUCACCGGUGGAGCGCCGUAUAAGCGGGCCGCGGCAGCUGGGAGGUGCGCCCGGUGGUGGUGGUGGUGGUGGGAACAGUGGUGCCGAUAAGCGGGGACAUCGCAGUCGAAAGCAGCAACAACUGCAAAUGCAACAACAACAGCAGCAACAAGCAAAGGAGCACCAGACGCUGGAUCGAAGAAUAUGCCCUGGAAGUAACAACAGUUUAGACAGUGAGGUUAACUCGGAUACGGGCACCUACUUGGCGGCGACCAUAGCCGCUGUGGCUGCUGGCGAUCUGGGUUUUCGUCCACCGUCGGGUUUUACUGAUUCGCGCGAAUUCAGCGAGGCUGAAUGCGAUCGCGAGCAACGUGCAUUGGACUUGGAGGUGCAACGUGUUAUGGAAAACACCGACGGACAAUUGGCCAAGAUGGAUAGGGAGGAAUUGACCUCACUGCUAGCAAGGUAUCACGAGAAAAAGGAGCAGGAGCGCCAAGAAUAUACCAUUCAUGUUUAAUGUUUAUUACUUAGAAGUUAUUUGAAUUCACUGCCGAGCUAGUGAGCACCCGUACAGCAUUUUACUCAAACGUGCAUUGCGAGAUUAGGCACUCCAACUGACUAAAAAGAACAAAAAACAAAAAUAUUAAAAAAAAGGAAAACCCACACACAUCAACUCUAAUAGGCAACAAAUGCAUUUAAACCAAAAGGACUGCUAUGCUACUAAUUAAAUGUAACUAAAAUAAAUGCGCCAAUGUGGCAACACUGUAAUUGAUUUUAAUUAUGUCAGUUCUCAGUGUAUGGUAUUUAUGAUAAAUAUAUGUAUGUAAAUUAGCAAAAACACACACAUAUGCAUGCAUGUAAGUCAACAUGCAUAAGUGUGCGUGUACAGAUUGAAUUGGAAAUGAGAGUCUCAUAUAUCGAGCAAGCGAGUAUAGUUACGGCAAA